UGAUAAUCGAUGAGCUGGCAGUAACUGGACGUGUUUACUGACCUGCUCGGAGGGUUCAGCGGCUCGUUGGGCGUCGACUUCUAAAAGACUCAAAACGUUGUUUGUUCGUGUUUUCGUUGAGACUCUGAACUCAUCAUGUUGCUGAAGAGCUGCUGCGGCGUCUGGAUCCUGCUGUCGGCCGUCGCUGCUGCUGCAGUGUUCGUCGAGAAGCACGAGGCCAACCGAGUGCUGCAGAGAUGGCGGCGAGCGAACAGCGGCUUCCUGGAGGAGAUGAGAAAAGGAAACCUGGAGAGGGAAUGCGUCGAGGAGAUCUGCAGCUACGAGGAGGCACGAGAAGUCUUCGAAGACGACGACCUGACGGACCAAUUCUGGCUGACGUAUGCACGUCGUAACCCCUGCCAGGUCAAUCCGUGUCGUAAUAACGGGACAUGUGUCCGCAUGGGGACGUCCUACCAGUGUUACUGUCCUGAAGGAUUUGAAGGUCAAUACUGUCAGACAGUGAUAGAAGACCUGCUGAAGUGUCUUUACCAGAACGGACACUGUCAACACUUCUGUGACGGUUCAGGAGUUCGACGUAAAUGUUUGUGUGCUGACGGAUACAAACUGGGAGAAGACGGACGUCAGUGUGUCGCUCAGGUGGAGUAUCCGUGUGGUCAGCUGCCUCCACAGGAGCCGGGUCAGAACCAGAGCGUGGUGGAUCAGACCAGACUGGUGGGAUCCAACAUCUGUCCUAAAGGAGACUGUCCCUGGCAGGUUCUGAUUAAGCUGAAUGGAAACAGUCACUGUGGAGGAGCUCUGAUCAAACCCGACUGGGUCGUCACCGCAGCUCACUGUAUCCAUGGCAACGACCCUCAAAGCCUCACCGUGGUGGCAGGUAACCAAUCAAUCAAUCAAUCAAUCAAUCAAUCAAUCAAUCAAUCAAUCAAUCAAUCAAUCAAUGCUUCCUACUCAGUUCGGCUACACUUUUACAUUCCUAAAGUUGUUCUGUAAAGUUGCUUAGUAAAG